CAGUUACUUUUGUUAAAGCAACAUUGCCGUUCAAGCAAGCCUAAUUAUAUACAUCACUAAAUUAUCAAAAGUCUACGGUCUUACUGUGCUGAGGCCAAGUCACCAUGUGAUAGGUUUCUUCAUCUCUACUUUCUUGUCCCCCUAUGCUCGUGCUUAAAACUAAUCAUACAAAUCAUGACUUUUUCUUGUCUAAUAAUUAACAUUCCUUUCCUCAAAUCAAAUGUCCAUGGCAAAGGAUCGAGGUUCUUUAUUCAGUUUUCACUGUUUCUGCUACAUUAUUAUCAUUCUUUCCAUCUGCUCUAUCAUCUUAUCUCUCUCUUGGAGUCAUUGUUGCAGCCAAUGCCAUAAUUCACCAUACCAAGUAAUAGUACAAAAGCAAAACCAACCAAUAAAUCUCCUUUCAUAUCCUUUUGCAUGGAACCACCUUAUGUUUUCCUCAGAGCCACCUUCAAAGUUCCUUAAGAUUGCACUUUUUGUCAAGAAAUGGCCACAGAAAUCUCAUGCAGGUGGGCUUGAACGCCAUGCUCUCACACUCCACCUUGCCCUUGCCAAAAGAGGCCACGAUCUUCACAUUUUCACCACUUCCACAGACUCCUCUUUCUCCAAUUAUUCAAUUAACAACAUACACUUUCACUUCUCCAAACCAACACCUGCUGGUUACCUUGACCAAGCUUUGGUUUGGGAGCAAUUUCAAGCACAAAACUCAACUAGUAAACCCUUUGACAUUGUUCACACUGAGAGUGUUGGACUUAGGUACACGCGAUCUCGAUAUGUUACUAAUUUGGCUGUCACUUGGCACGGAAUCGCAUACGAGACCUUUCAUUCUGACAUCAUUCAAGAACUCCUUAGAACCCCCCAAGAACCACAGACAAAGGCUUUGACUGAAAGAGCUGUGAAGGUUGUUGAAGAGGUCAAGUUCUUCCCAAAUUAUGCGCAUCAUGUUGCCACUAGUGAUCAUGCAGGUGAUAUCCUAAAGAGGGUCUACAUGAUUCCAGAAGAAAGGGUCCAUAUUAUUCUCAAUGGUGUGGACCAACACAUUUUUAGGCCAAAUGUUUCAAAGGGGAAGGACUUCAAGAAGAGGCAUGGCAUUCCGGAUUCGAAGUCAUUGUUGAUAGGACUAGCUGGGAGGUUGGUCAAGGACAAGGGACACCCUUUGAUGUUUGAGGCAUUGAAGCAGAUAAUUGAAGAAAAUAGCACUUUCCAAGAGAGUAGCAUGGUUGUGGUUGCAGGAGAUGGUCCUUGGGGUGCAAGAUACACAGAUCUUGGGGCAAAUAUGUUGGUUUUGGGGCCAUUGGAGCAAGCUGAAUUGGCCUCUUUUUAUAAUGCUAUUGACGUUUUUGUAAACCCCACUUUAAGAGCACAAGGUUUGGAUCACACUUUGCUAGAAGCCAUGCUGACUGGGAAGCCAGUAAUGGCCACUAGGCUUGCAAGCAUUAUAGGAUCUGUAAUUGUUGGCAAUGAAAUGGGUUAUACAUUUGCACCAACGGUGAGUGCUCUAAAGAAGGCCAUAUAUGAGUUAUGGGUUAGUGGGAGGGAAGUUCUAGACAAGAAAGGUCAUGUUGCCUUGCAAAGAGGUGUGCAAUUGUUCACUGCCACAAAAAUGGUGUAUGCUUAUGAGAGACUUUUUCUUUGCUUGUCAAGUGUAACUCAUGAGGAACAUUUCUGUGAAUACCAACCAUAGGA